UCAUGGCACAAUGAUGGUGGUCCAAACAUUGUGCCAAACGUUGUCAAAUCAAACAAAGAGCUGAGGACUCGGGGCAAUUACGAAAUUAUUUUUUCAACCUUCCGUGCGGGUGCAUUUCAGAUUUUGAACGCCAAAUUUCGCCUUCGUUUCGCAAUUCCGUUUCCUUCUACCUUCUGGCCCUUCUCUCGUUCACCCCUCCGCGAAAAUGACAGCGCCAGAAUCCAAUUCCAAUGCCGAAUCUUCAGACAUCAAACGCCCUAACGAAUUCAGCAACUCCAAUGUGUCGCCCAACAAAAGGUUGAAAACUGUGGAAGAAUUGAAGACACAAAGUACUGCCACCGAAGCUUCGAGAGCAAACAGCUCUUCGCAUAAGGGUUUUAUUGCAAUAGAGGCCGAUGCAGCGGAAGAUAGAGGGUCGAGGCACACUAUGGAGGAUGCUUGGGUCGUGCUUUACGAUGCCACUUUGGAGUUCCCCGGAAAUUUGAGAUGUGCGCAUUUCGCAAUUUAUGAUGGGCAUGGGGGCCGGUCAGCUGCAGAGUAUGCACAAAAGCAUUUGCAUGUAAACGUGCUUUCAGCAGGCUUACCACGUGAGUUGAUGGAUGUUAAGAUGGCUAAGAAGGCUAUACUUAAUGGAUUCCUGAAAACAGAUGAGGCUCUCCUUCAGGAAAGUGCUGCAGGGGGGUGGCAAGAUGGUGCCACAGCUGUAUGUGUAUGGGUACUGGGACAAACAGUGUUUGUUGCUAAUAUUGGCGAUGCAAAGGCCGUGGUAGCAAGAUCAUCUGCAACAGAUGGUUCCCAGAGUGGUCCAGAAAGAUCAAAUCCAUUGAAGGCCAUUGUUUUGACAAGGGAACACAAAGCCAUAUAUCCACAAGAACGAGCACGCAUUCAGAAGGCUGGUGGAUCUGUUGGUUCAAAUGGACGAUUGCAGGGGCGGCUUGAGGUUUCAAGAGCCUUUGGUGAUAGGCAAUUCAAGAAGGUGGGCGUUGUUGCAACUCCUGAUAUUCAUUCAUUUGACCUUACUGAGAGAGAUCAAUUUAUAAUUCUUGGCUGUGAUGGCUUGUGGGGGGUGUUUGGACCAAGUGAUGCUGUUGAAUUUGUUCACAAGCUGUUGAAGGAGGGUUUACCAGUCACAGCAGUGAGCCGCCGCCUUGUCCGGGAAGCUGUCCGUGAGCGCCGAUGCAAGGAUAACUGCACUGCAAUUGUGAUUGUUUUCAGGCAGCAGUAACAGAUAUCACAAAUUGGUCCAUGCUUGAUUUCACUGUAUGGAUUUGUUUUCAUAAUGUGUCUGUUCAAUUUUUCUCCCAUGUGCCUCCAUUUGCCCCGGAAACUGAAUGGUCUCGACUUUGUGAUUGCAGCUUCGCUUACUGUUUGAUGUAUGUAAGUUUUGAAAUGUUAAGUGUUCUGCAUAAUCAUGUAAUGUA